AAACACUUUAUUUAUCAAAGUGGUCAGAACUUGUGUCUCACACAGCUUUAACAACCUUGAGUGACAAGCGCUUUAACAAACCUUCCACGCUUCCCUUCACUGAGGAUGUUCAGCGUCUUCACCAGCAUUUGGAAAAGGUUGCAAAUUUGGCAUCUGAGACUUUGAAAAGUGAUCCAUCACCACAAGCCUAUAGGGAACUGUGCAGAACUACAUUGGCAAAAAUCAUUUUGUUCAACCGAAGACGAGGUGGAGAGGUUUCUAAAAUGCAGCUGUCUGCCUUUCUAGAGAGGGACACCACUCCCUUGCAUAAAGAUGUUGCAGUUGGUCUUACAGAGUUUGAACGACAACUUUGUGCCCAUUUCAGUAGGGUCGAAAUAAAGGGGAAAAGGGGACGAAAAGUUGCUGUACUUUUAUCACCAGACAUGGUUGAAGCCAUCACCCAGCUCAUUAGCAAAAGAAGGGAGUGUGGAGUGCCAGACAAAAACACCUUUCUUUUUGCUAUACCCAACUGCCUAACCCCUUACAGAGGACAAGACUGUCUUAGGGUUUAUGCAAAUGACAGUGGUGCCCAAAGCCCUGAACUUUUAAGAUCAACACAACUUCGCAAGCAUGUUGCAACAUUGUCCCAAGUGUUAAACCUAAGAAAUCACGAACUGGACCAAGUUGCAAACUUUCUGGGACAUGAUAUACGUGUUCACAGAGAGUAUUACAGGCUACCAGAGGCUACGACUCAGCUCGCAAAAAUUUCUAAAUUGCUUCUGGCAAUGGAAAGGGGGACCUUGGCAAAUCUGCAAGGCAAAACGCUGGAGGAGAUUGAAAUUGAAGAUGAGUUGGAACUGUCUGACACUGAAAGUGGACAAAGUGAGGUUGAUUGUGACCCAUCCCCACUUGUAAAUGAUACUCAAUGCUCUACAAAUCAAGAAUCUAAUGAAUCUUCUGGUGAUGGUUUAGGUGAAGAGACAUCACAAGGAUGCAGAAAACCUCAAUCUCCUGUUGAAUUACAUGGGAACUCUUCUGGAAAGGAAAAGGAGAUUAUUCCACCAACUGAAAAACCCUCAGAACCCCAAGAUGAUUAUCCUGAAAAGGACCAUCCUCAGAGAAAUCAAAAAUGGCCCUGGUCUCCUACAGAAAUUGCAGCGGUGUUGAAACAUUUUCAGAAACACAUUGACACUGGGAAGCUGGCAAGUUUUGUUGAAAUUCAACAAUGUCAACAGGCAGAACAUCCUGCAUUAAUAAAUCGCUCACUUCAGAACAUAAGAGACUUUGUUAGAAAUCGUGGCGUGACUAAAAAGAAAAAAAAAAAGCUAAAAAUGUCAGAUAAAUUUUGAGCCAAGAUGCUCUAAACAAAACCUUAAGAACUUUCAAGCAUUCUUUUGUUUAAAAAAUAAAAACCCCGAAGUUCACCUCUUAGGUAGUAUAAACCGGUCAUUGUAUUAGAGAUCAUGUGCUGUUAAAAGUAACAUUUACAGGAAAAGAUGUUUUGUUUUUAAGCUUCACCUUUUUUUGGUUUUGUUUGCUUGCUUAUUUUUGGAGUAGUUUUCUAUAAUGUGCUCUGAUUUCUAAGUUGGUCCAAGAUUGAUGUGUGAGUAGACUCAACAAAACUUGAACUCUUAAUCAUUUUCAAAGUAAUUCAGAAGAUUUGAUUUUCAGUUUGUUGAAAAGGCAAAAAUUGUUCUAGUAAUAUGUUUGCUUAAAGGUAUCACAAUUUGUUUGUCUUUUUAUUUCUUUUUUUUUAAGUUGAGCUUCACCUUUAGUUGAAAUUAGGCACAAUGCUUUUGUAGAGCUCUUUGGUGAUCACUUAAUUUGAAAAGACUUCAGGCUUAAAAUUUGAGUAGAAUAGUGUUCUUAAGACCUGCUUCAAAGAAAGAUCUGUUUGCUUUUGAAUAUCUUUAAGUAGGAUGUUUUGUUUUGUUGAGUCAUGUGUAUUGUGUGGUACCUAGAAGAACUUGGGUUUAAAGGUUUUAGUCAAACUGUUUUGAAAAACUAAGCUUGAUAAGAGCCUGUGUUUUGGUUUGCUCCAAAAAAUAAAAAUUGCAAAAGACAA